CUCUAUCGAAUUCCUGAAAGACUUCAGGUAGACCGAAGAUAUUGGCCAUAUUUUAGUGGAUUCGUUGGAGCUAUGGAUGAGACUCAUGUAUGCGUCAAAGUAAAGCCUGAGUUACAAAGAAUGUAUUGGAAUCGACACGAUAAUGCAUCAUUGAACAUCAUGGCAAUAUGUAAUUUGAAUAUGUUAUUCACAUAUAUCUGGAAUGGAGCACCAGGAUCAUGCCACAAUACAGCUGUUCUGCAAAUGGCACAACAAAGUGAUACCGAGUUUCCUUUGCCUCCAUCAGAUAAGUAUUAUAUCGUUGAUUCUGGUUAUCCAAACAAACAAGGAUUUCUUGCUCCUUAUAGAUCAUCACGAAAUCGAGUUGUGAGAUAUCAUAUGUCCCAGUUUCAUUAUGGUCCUCCUCCAAGGAAUAACCAUGAAUUGUUCAACCAAUGUCAUGCAUCUUUACGUUUUGUUAUUGAAAGAACGUUUGGAGUUUGGAAGAAGAAGUGGAGAAUACUUUCUGAUUUUCCAAGAUAUAAUGCUCAAAUUCAGAAAAGAGUGGUAAUAGCUACAGUGGGACUACAUAAUUUCAUCAGGAUUUCAAAUUUCUCGGAUGCAGAUUUUGCAGAUGUAAUAACUAAGACGAACAACAACCAAAAUUUUGAGCAUUAUAUAGGUGACAUGGAUGCAACAGAGAUAGCAGAUAGAGAAGCUAUGACGCAAAUAAGAGAUACCAUUGCAAAUAUGUUAUGGAAAAAUCAAAGUAAUCAAUAA